GCAACUAAGAAAACCAAACCAAAUCUCCCUGUUGGCAACUCUCGGCACCACCACCACUACCAUCAGUGUUAGUGUGCAGUACAUUAAGCUUGCAAGAGACAGUGCUGGUGAGAAGGUGACGUCCUUCCCUCACCAUGUCAAAGAUGGAAGCACCGUACAGCCUCCUGGGGCGACAAUAUGCCACGCAGGAGGAUUACCCAACUAAGAAAUGCAAAUACUUCUUUAUGGGCUUCAUCACAGCUCUUGUUCUUACUCUUCUAGGUGGUACAGCAUUUCAGCUGUACAUGUCUUCAAGCAAAGUGGUGACCGUGUCCAGUGGCCGGCUGACACACAGGUGGCCAGAACCUCCCCCACACGACCAGGUGGCCAAAGUGGCUCGAUAUGUGGUGCACAUCUCUGAAUGGGCUUCCAUUGCCACAAUCUCCACAGCCGAUCCUAUUAAGGGAUACCCAUUUGGGAACAUCAUGAGCAUCAGUGACGGCACUGUGGAUAGGUCUUCUGGCACUCCCUAUGCUUACAUCACACGCAUGGACCUUAGCGGCAAGGACUUGCUGAUGGAUAACCGUGCCACACUGUCCAUUUCUGAGGCCCAGUCUGAUUACUGUCAGAAACAUGAUCUUGAUCCAGAGGACCCCCGGUGUGCCCGUAUCCUCCUCACGGGCACUAUGGAGGAGAUAAAGAAUGGGACAAGUGAAGCUGAAUUUGCUAAAGCAGCUCUUUUCUCCAGACAUCCUAUAAUGGAAUCCUGGCCAACAGAUCAUCACUGGAUAUUUGUAAAGCUGAAGAUAGAGCACAUCUACGUCCUGGACUUCUUUGGUGGUGCCAAGGAGGUGGAUGUUGUGGAUUACUACAAUGCUGAAAUGUGAGUGUCCAGCAAAAAGUGUCACAAAAUACACACAAGCUCCACUGAAGCUACUUGACUGCCCCAGGCUGUGUAAUUGUUCCAUGAAAAGUUAAGUCUUCACCAGGAGUUCCAGUAAUCAAACUGUUACAUUUAUACUUGAUGAAAAAAAUAUUUAAUUGUAUAUUUUUAUUAUGAGGUAGGUGAUUAUGUGUGCAGUUUAUAGAACAAAUGCUGUAUUUUUCUAUUAGUGUUGCUUCCUACUUAAUAUAAAGACAGAAGAGUGUUUAUGUGUUGAUUGUUUAUAUCCUCGGUGCCAUUGAACCCAAGGACACCAAACAUGGCAACAGUCACUAGGCCAAUACUCUCACUGCUGACUGGCUCAAGUAUUCCUAGUUUCUUUUAUACAGUAUAGGAAAAUUACUGUUUAUACUCAAUGAAACCUUUACAUAUUUGUAUGAUAAACUAUUUGUAUCAGUGUGAUCUAGUAUCUUACAAAUAAGAGUUCUGAUAGAAAUAGUUUGCUGCACAUCAUAAAACAAGACUAGUAUAUAUGUACAUAGACCAGUCAGCAGAUGGGAGCCUCAGUGCUGUAUAGUGUUACCGUGUUCGUGUGCCUGUAGGUGGGAUUAUUACAGCAGUUACUAACACUGACCAAUUGACUUUUCAUGGUGUGUCUUUAUUAAGAUAUAACCACAGUCAGCUGUAUAGUUAAUGUUCCAGAAACUGGCAGCAUUCAAAGGUUGUGGCUAGAUAUAAAGAGGUACUGGUAGAUCAGAUGGUAUCCAUUUGUUGAAAGUACAACUGGUACCUACAAUUUGUUAGUGAAUGCAGUCAGCAUUUGUUAGUAGUGGUGCAAUUAUUACAGCUUUUUUUUUUCAAUAAAUGUAGUCAGUAUUUGUCAGUUGUGGUACAAUUAUUACUACAAUUUGUUAGUCAAUGCAGUCAAAAGUUGCUAGGUGUAAUAUAUAAGCAUAUAAUUAUAUAUGUAGGUAUAGCAGUUGACCAACAAAAAGAAAGUAAUAUUAAUAAAAAAUAUGAUGUUGAAUAGUUAGAAAAUAUACCAACAAAAUGAAAGCAAUAUUAAGAAAAUAUGUUGAACAGAAAAAUAUAUCAACAAAAAGAAAUUAAUAUUAAUAAAAAUAUGAUGUUGAAGAGUUAGAAAAUAUAAGUAGAUGGAGCAAGUCAUCACUUGAAUCUCAUGCUGUAUCAGGUGACUAGUGACAAGGGCUGUGAUACUUCACACUAUGCUAGCAGUAAAAAUUUGACUUCCAAAGAUAAGUAAUAAAGUUUAUAGUAUUUAUAAAGCAUUCUGCUUGUGUUACAUAACUACAAUGAAAAUGUGCCUUAUUGUUGCUUGCUGGAGCAAGGACUCAGUACUGUAGUUGCAUUUCCUUCUUGCAACCUUCUUGUACCCCAAAUAAAUAUAUAUAACUUA